AGUUGACGUCAAUGUCACGAGGAUGGAACUGUUGCAAGACUGAAAAUGGCGUCCGGAUCUAAAGUGAAAUCCCCUUAGUAUAUCCACAAAUUCUUCUAUUUCGGGUGUUGCAGUGGGAAGCACAGCUUUUAAAAGCAAAGUGUUCCUUCAUUAUGGCAGCAGCGUCGCGGAAAAACCAGUUUAAAGUUGUUCUUUUAGGGGAAGGGUGCGUUGGUAAAACUUCCUUAAUGCUUCGCUAUGUCCAAGACAAGUUCAACGAAAAACAUUUAACCACACUGCAAGUAAGUUUGUUGUCAUUUUUUAUUAGCUAUACGUAGGCUUCGUUACACGGUAAGGACGCUUUAUCGUGAUCUUGAUAAUACAUACAAUAAAACUUAAAAGCAUGGCUGGCUCCUGAGAGCUUGCAUGUGUUUUUGUGGACGAACGAUUUUCCGCUAGGUAAAGCUGAAUCAUCAAAUUUCAAGUAUACUGUUGUCGUGAUAUCUGUUCGCAGUUAGCCAAAUUUUGUGUAAAAAAGUAGAUCUCUCGUCAACAAUCAACUUGAGCUGUACAGAUCCAUGAAAUGGACAUGUGCCUAGAAAGUUUUAUAUUGAAUAUUAUUGAGUUACACCGUAUUCUAGAAUAUAGGACUGACAUGAUUCCAGUGCAGAAAUCCAAGCUGGUAUUACAUUGCCAAUUUGCUAGUAGAAUUAUAUUACAUACACUGUUUACAGGUAUUCAUUAUAACACCUGAAGGAGGAUCAUGAGGUUAUCCCUAUAUUAAGAUCUCUCCUUACAGAUAACCCACCCAGCCCAGGAAAGGUUAGUCACACCGCCAGGGUCUAUAUCUCCUACUCUUUUUAAACAGUGGUGUGGGUUCCUUUAUAUCUCACAAGAACCAGAUAAGUGAAGUGCUGUGAACCCAUGGUUUUUGUCCUUAUCAAAGAGGACUAGAAAGUCUAACUGUUUGCAAGGCUGCUGUUUUUCCUCUGGGACUUCCUAUUGUCUCGGGUUUAGCACUACAUCAAAUUCCCAUGCAGCAUGCGAGAAUUUACCGCGUUUGGUUGCCCUCUGAAAUCUAGUCGCUAUUGUUUUCUACCAUUCUACAUCAUUACCAUAUUUCGGGAAGAUUUCGGGGGGCAACCAAGUGCGGCAAAUUCUCGCGUGCUACAUGGGAAUUUGGUGUUGUGCUAAACUUGAGACAAUAGGAAGUCCCAGAGUAAAAACGUAGCCAGAUAUAUGACAUUGCUUCAAUAUUUACUCACUUUUGUGCCCAGGUUAGGCAACUUUAGAAGUUUUCAAUCGACACGAAAUUCGGGAACUAAAUAGUACACUGAUCAAUUAAUGUACUAUUGUCAAAUUUUGUUUUAGUCACUGUUUUUAUGAAAGUAGCCAUAGAAAUUGUAAAAAGAGCUCAGCAUUGCUUUUUACCCUGAUUUAUACGUUUUCAUGUGUUUCAAAAUUGUGCAAGUGUACUUGUGUUCAGCAGCUUCUGGAGUGUGUAAGGGUCAUUUGCAAAACAGAUGAGUGAUAAAACCUUUCAGAAACAUCCAAAAAGUAGCAAAUUUGUCUGCAUCAAGUCCAGUAGUCAGUGCAUGCAUUGUUAAUACCCUUUUUAUAGAAAUUCCAAGAUAUCUCAAAAUUCAUCCUAUAGAUUUUUGGCAAACUUCGCACAGCAGAAGACAUUUUUCCAAAGAUUACAUAGCAUAAAGCAUUUCAAAAGAAAAUGCCAAACAUGGCUGAAAUUCGAUUUAGAGCUAAAACCAUUGUGACGUCAUUGCCACGUGACAUUUAUUCCGAUCACCCAAAAAAUAAUACCAUAAUAAAGUUUAGUCUAAGUGUAAUCAAUGUGUCAUAAUCGUUUUACAAUACAGAUCAAUAAUUGUUUCAGUAUAAGAGAUUCCAAGAUGGAGGGUGUGCCUAUAAAAAUACUUGGUCGAGCCACCUUAAGUUGACAGUCUCAACCAGUUCCUCGAAACUUGAUUCAUGCUUCUCAAAACCUAAGUCUCCCUUGUUGCUGUUUUUGUCUCGCUUGAAAGGAUUUGAAGAAAUCAUUUAUUUCUUGAGAAAAAUAACGAUAACCAUUUGCACAUACACUAGCGAACCCACUGACCAACAGCACUUGCUUGUACAAUAAUUUUAUUUAAGCGAGUUAAGUUUAAGUUUUUAGGUGAUAAAAAAGGACCAAUGAGAGGUUUUUUAUCUUGAAGUUUGGAAAUUGACUCAGCAUUUGUGUUUUGAGUCUAUGUUUUGAACUAUCACAACUGUUUUUAUAUUAUUUUGUGAAGGUAUGUAUUUACAUGCAUAGCGCACGACAACAUAAAUUAUAAAGACAUUGGAAUAUGAUCUUGAAUAGCCACCAUGAAUCAUUUUCAAAAAGUGUAAUGUUUUUGCGAGCCUUUCAAAAAAUACCACAAAACGUACAGCAAAAAGAAAAGGGAGGUGUAGAUAAUGCUGAAUAAAUGAUAAAAGAAAACUCCAAAUGUACCGCUCAUGUUUGUAGCAAGAUAGAAAAUACUACAAACUUGCAAAAGUAAAAUUUCCUUAGUGUAUGACAUGUGUAGUUGGAAACCUCUUGCUUUUUACACAUCAUGAUUUUUUAUUGGUUUUUACUACACACAAUAGUGACCAAACAUUUCUAACGCUGGAGAAAAAUUCAUGAUAUCAAUACUGAAGGUUUUUCUAAGACUAUGAAAUUCAUUCAAGGCCAUUUUCAGACAAGAAUCUUCAACUGCACUGCAGUGGAAUUCACAGAAGCAAAUUAAUUUCAAGACAAGUGCUUGUUUGUUUACCUUUUACCGGCAGAAAUUUUUUUUGUCUACAGCCAACAACCAAACAUUUUCCGUUUUCAUUUCAACACUGCAGAAUGAGCGGGGAAUUUUGACGUUUAUUCACCAAGAGCUAGCCUGAGAAUCAUACGUUUUAGGUGCCCUUGUCGAGCUCCUUGUUUAAAAUUUUGGUCACCUAUGGGCAAAUCAUAGUCACCUCUGGUGACCGGCCACUCAUUAGGCAGCAGCCUUGGUUUGCAGAUGUCAUUACAAAGGCAGCAUUUUCUUCUCUGUUACGAUUGUAUUUAAAGGCCCUGAGUGCUGGUCUGGCCAGGGUUUGCACUCGCAACCUCCUGCUCAGCAGACCCAGUGCUCUCCCAACUGAGCUAACCAGGUGGUGGUUAGCUUCAAAUGGAGGUUAUGAUUAGUCGUGGAGGAAUUGAUCACAUUGUUAUUGUUACUGUGCCAGUUGUGUGAAAGUUAAUCUAACACAUUGGGUGGCAAGACAUAAACAGAUGUUGGAUUUUGCAGCAAUCCCAGGCAUGUCGUUGUUUAGCUAAUAAGAACUGCUUUUCCAUCAUGGAUUGUGCACCCAACAAACUACAACUUAUGUUGAAGGAGGCAAUGCACAUCAAAUGGGAGAAUCCCACUUUAAAUAAGCAGCUGAAACAUGCUGACUUAACUCUCUCGUUCUGGUAUUAUUCUUUAAGUUUAUUUUAUAUAUAUGUAUAUAUAUUUUUGUUCUCAUAACAUUAAUUUUUGUGUUAUAACCAUUGUAAUUAUUUCAAUUUUUUACAAUUUUCUUCCUUGUAUUAAGUGUAGUGCUCACGCAAGUGUUAUUCCAUGUCUUGUGCAUCUUAAAAUUGUACGUUAAUUUUCCGAAAUUUUGAAUUGUAUCACGUUUUAACUUAUACGUCAUUGCUUGUAUUAAUUCAACCGAACUUGCAAACGAAUUCACAACUGAAGAUGAUCGUUGAACGAUCGAAACAUGUCUUGUUUUAAACUGAAAGUUGUCUUCCAUUUCUUAAAAAUGUUUAGAGUGAUGAUUUUUUUGAUAGCUUAGGAAGAAAAAAGUUUCCCCCAAUGGAGUCAAACCUUUGUCCUUGUUGCCCUGGUUGUUUAAAGAAAGUUUUACAACUCAAUUGUAAAACGCAGUUAAUGGAGCGUGAUGCCCUCAAUCAACAACAUGUAACGCAGUGUUAUGCUAUAGCCCUUAUCAAAUCUCGUAGAAGUUUACUCGUGGUGGGUAAAACUACUAGGUAGUACGUAAAAUCACGGCUAUAACUGGGAAACUACUGAUACAAUAGCGAUCCUUGUUUUUUGUUGCAGUUGAGGCUAGUUUCUGAUGUAUCGCUCGUUUUGUAUGGCUAGUAAAAAUAAUUUUCCUCAUGCAUAUCUUGUGGAGCACUUUAGGUGCACGUUCUGUUCUGUAGUACAGUAUUUUUCAUUGGCUUACCUUGUGAUAGCACUCGGACUAUAAAAGGCCUAGUAAAAGUCCUGUGCCUCAUUCCGAGCUGUAUUGCGAAGUUGGUUACUUCAACCGUCCUAAAGUUUUGUAAUUCCCACCCUUCCCUCCCUUUGGAGGCUUGGUUGUUGUUCCUAAUAAACACGGGCUCACCGCUUUCUUUCGCUUUCGGUUUAAGUCUCACGGCAACUUCCCCAAGCUUUGAUUUUAAUGCAAACUUUUAUAUUUGAUUGUAUUCCAGCACGUGCCGGCGGAGUCGGCUCGUAGUGCUGAUAAGAUAAAGUUCCUAGAACAAAAUAUUUGCCUACUCCGUUCCAUUAAGUUGCACGAUGCUGGCCAGAGGUUUCAGCUCGUAGUGCCGUGGACUGUUAGGCCGUAUUAAGUUUCUUUCUUUCGGACCUACCUGAACUUGUCCGAUCCGGGGCGUGUAAAUUAGCGCCGGGGAGAUAAGUAAGGCUUUAUGGUCACACUAUGGAAGUCGUCCACCACGCCGAUCGCGGAGCGGUGUUCCCCCCAUUACGCCAUCUGUUUGUUGUCUUAUUUUAUUACACUUAUUUUAAAGUCUAGUGAAAGGAACUACGACACUAAUGUUAGAUAAAUCCAACAGAUAAAUCUCUGGAAGUCAUUAUUGCAUUGUCCAAUGGAUAGAGAUUUAUCCAGUGAAUAGCAUUAUCUGCUGAACAACUGGGGCCAUUAUUAGUCCAGAUAGUCUACCACUGAGCUAUAGGAGACUACUUGGCCAUUGUACAGGCUCAUGUGAUAAACAUGUUUUCAUGCUUCUUUUGUCUUUCGUGUAUGUGUACUUACAUUGAUGAUAAAGUAAAUCUUUUGUGUUUUUUCUUCAGGCAUCUUUCUUAAAUAAAAGAUUAAAUAUUGAAGGACAACGUGUGAACAUUGCCAUAUGGGUAAGUUUAUUUCAAGGCUGUGUUUCAAGAAAAAUUAGAGGGAGUUCAAUUCUCUGAAUGAGUUUAUGAUUUUUAUGCAUAGGCUGAGAGUUCCAGUAGUCACUCCAGUGCAAACCAAGUUGUCCAAAAUACCCGACCAGAAUUUGAAAAAAAUAGUUAUUAUUUUUUUUAAAAGAAAAUAUUUAGCUGUUAGAUAGUUUCAGUUCUUAGGUCAUGGUAUGUCUGGGCCAAUGAGAGUGGCUAGUUUGAAAAUUUUUUCCUGUAUAGGUAAUAGCAUGAUUAGUAGUCAUAUUUGGCAUAAAUACCACGAGUGAUAUUUCAAAAUUGUUAUACGUAAUUUCACGAGCCGUUAGGCGAGUAAAAUUUGACACAAUUUUGAAAUAACACGAGUGGUAUUUAUGCCAAAUAUCACGUACAAAUCAUGUUUAUACUACUACCUGCAAAAGGUUUGUAAUUUUCACAUGUAGGUAUUUCAAAUUAAGCUGAAAUACCACUCCUCUAAGCCAAUCAAAUUGCAGAAAUUUCUCAUGUAGUAGUAUAAGUAUGUGUAAUCAAAUGGUGACGAGUGAAAUUAGGGAAUAAUUUCACGUGCGUUUUGUCCAAUUAUUAGGAUUUGGACAAAACGUAAGUGAAAUUAUUCCCUAAUUUCAUUAGUAUACCAGUUGAUUACCUAUUAAUAUCAUGGGUGACGAAUUACGUUAGCAAUCUUGGAUUUUUGACAUGUUUAUCCUGGAUUGUAUCGAUCGAGAACUCCACUCUGUCAAAUGUUUAGACCAUAAAUUUGGCUUAUAAAGUUCAGAAUUUUUCAGACUUUUUCGGCAAAAUACCUGUUAGAAUCCUUCUUGAUGUUCUCUUGUGUGUUCAGGUUUUCGAAAGCGUCUUUUUGUGCUUGCAUCUUCAUUCAUGGCAUUUUAAAACUGUCGCCAUCUUGACACUGAGAUAUAUGGAAGGUUGCCAUGGCAAUUUCGUAAUUUCACAUGUGAAAUACAAAUUAACGCUGAAAUUUCGCACCAAAAUUAAGGAGUAAUUCAUCACCUAUGAUAUUAGGUAAUGGUAUUUGCUAGAUAUAGCUAAUUGAUGCUUGAUUGCAUCAUUGAGUAUUAUUAAUCAUUGAUCAUUGUCAUUGAUCUAUGGGUAAUCAAUGGUUAGACAAUUACCAAAAACCCUCUAACCAUAUCCUAUCCUAUAACCCAUCUGUGACAUUCAUUACUCAUGGAAGUCAUUGAUACCAUUUAUUAGUCAGUUAUUACCAAUAAUACCAUUUAUUAGCCAGUUAAUUAAUCAUUAAUUUGUCACAUAUUACUAAGCAACGCAUUAAACUUUGAUUUGAUGGAUGGCAAAAUGUCGAAACCAAUGUUGAGAAGGUGACACUCCUGGCUAUUUGGAGUCAGAAAAAAAUAAUUAUACACCUAAAUUUAGCCCAGUCCCUUCUCUGUCAGGGAAAAACGUUUCUGUCUAAUGCAGUUGUUCCAAUCUGUAGUAAAUGUGUAAUGGGUUAAUUUGAUGUGGGGGUCGAAGUAUGUCCCAUUUGGUUUAUACAUGCUUGAUACAUAUUUAGUUUGUAUUGUGACAUGUACAGCUGUACUUUAAAGUUUUUUUGAAUUUCUUUAUUUUGAAUUUAGUAUGAUUUGUAUAGCCAUUAGUUUACACAUGUAUAUCAAUGUCUAACUGAUGUCAUCAGUGACUCAUUGAUGCAAUCUAUGAUUUAAAUUUUGCAGCCUGACAGUUAUUCAUUGAUUGCUCAACAUUUAUCAUCUGCAAUAAUCAAUGACUAAUCAGCUGAUCACCCAUUGAUUUCCUGUUGAUCAGGGCUGAAAAUAACGGACAGCAGGUUGCUGGUCAUGAUGACUGGCCAGAUAUUUUUUAGCCUGAUUCUGGCCGGUCAUAUAAUGAAUACUAAUAUUUUUAUUUUGCCCAAGGAAUAUCCAAUUAUGCUCGCAAUUGAUCGUUAUUACUACAUUGAUGUUCACAUUUUUGAUAGCAAGUUGGUGAAAAAUGCAUUCGCACGUUGUAGAGUUCCUUUCCAUGGUUUUUGCACGUUAUUAAUGUAGCCUGUGUAGUUGGCGGUAUUGUGGGGGUGUGAGAUUAGAUUUUUGGGGGCGGAGCCGCGUUCCAAAAAAAGGGAGUAGGGAAGAGGCGGUUGAAAUACCGGUGAUAUUUCUCGUGGCUUCGCUUCGCCACUCGUGACGGCUCCGCCGUCAAAUAUCACUUGACUAUAUUACAACGGCUCCUCUGCCAAAUCUCACUCGACUACUACACAAUACCGCCAGCUACGCAGGCUAGGUUUAAUGUUACGUUCUACCUUGAGUAUCAUUGCAUGGCGGUGUCUGAAGUCUCUAGAGGUAAAAAGUGAAGUGUAAAUCCUUUUCAAACUCUCAAGGUUCAGGAAACAGAAUACACAUACAGUUCAGCAAACUUUAGAAAUUACGAAAAAAAAAGAAAAAAAAUUGGGUUAUUUUACAAAAUCUGCACGCGCUUCGAAAUGAACAUCGGGGAAACUUGAUCUUUUUCCUUGCCUGGCACAAGAUUGAAAGUCACCUCCUCAAAGAAGAAUCGUUGCUAAUAUUUUCAGCAAAGAAGUUGAUUUGUAUUGGCGAGAAGUUUUCAGCCCUGGUUGAUUACUCAUCGAUAUUAUUGAUGUCAUUGAUUUGUUAUCUCUGGUACUAUCUAUCGAUCAAAGGAGCCUGCAACCCUAAUCUCUCAACUUUCCCUAACCUUUGGUUAUUGUGUUCGAGGUACAAGAACGCAACCCCUAAUUUGUGUUGGGCGUUCUGUGCAUUAUUGGAUGUCCUGUGCAAUUAAUGAGGGAGGUUUAUUCGAGAUUGCAUUUGCCGUCGACACACAUUAAUUUUGCCUCACUUCGAGGUGAUUGCUUACAUUUUGCCUCACUUUGACGCGCCAACUCACAUGGUGAUUUGUGUGUCCUCUGCGUUCAUCUUCCAAACGUUUGCUGAGGUCUGCUAUUUGUCUUCAUAAAGCGUACAUAUCUCAUGAGUUUGCUGAAUCUGCGUUUGUUGAGUCUUCCAAAGCGUUCAACACCCUGAGUAAAAUUGUACUUUGGAUUAAGCCUUUGGAAAAUGUGUGUGAUUCCUGGUGCAUGCAUCAAUGAAACCGGGUUGUUUAGCUCGGUGGCUGUUGUGCCACAAAGUAAACCUACCGAGUUGUGUAGUAGUUCGAUGGCCGUAGUGCCACGAAGUAAAUUUACCAAGUUGUGUAGCUCGGCUGCUGUUGUGCCACACAAAGUAAAUCUAUCAAGUUGUGUAGCUCGGCGGCCAUUCAGGGUCACACAAAGUAAAUCUACUGAGUUGUGUAGUAGCUCGGCGGCCGUUGUGCCACAAAGUAAAUCUACCGAGUUGUGUAGCGUGGCAGCCAUUCGGUGUUUAUCAGUAAUAUUAAAAGAGAUGAUCCAAACAAUAGGAACUAAUUAGAGUAGUACUUUUCUUGUUCUCAGGUGCAAUACAAACUUGCAUCAAUGAGUGCAUUAUUACUCUCAGAAAGCAGUUGACAUGUGAUUAUGGAUUAUGUAGUGGGCCUCAGAACUAAGGGAAAACAGACCAAGCCCUGGUUUCUGUGGUGCAUUUGUAUCGUACCUGAAUAAACAAGAAACUUACCUUUGUAAUGUUCCUAGCCACCCUCAAUAGGUAAAAUAUUAUUGAAGGGCAUUGUUUUGAGGCAGCACCCAUUUGUUCUCACUACAAACUGAUCCUUUCCCCCUCCCACUGAAUGUCACUGUAUUACUCUCAGCAAGCAGUAGAGGAUUUACAUAAAACAGAGUACAGUAUUAAUACUUGAAUGUUAUCACAUGUUUAGGAUACAGCUGGCCAGGAGAGAUUCCAUGCGUUAGGACCUAUUUACUAUAGAGAUAGGUAAGCAACUAAUGUUACCUCAUCUUUACACAUGUAUGAAGAAUAUCAACUGCUACAGUGGGAUAAUUUUCAAUUUUUAACCUCCAGGCCAUUGGAAAGGAAUUAGUUCAAAAAUUGUGAGUAAAAUUACAAGGUUUGACUGGGGUUUUGGUUCAAAUUAUUGGGAAGGUUUUUUAAACUGGGGGUUUGAGAAAUCAGAAUUUAAAUAAUAAUAUUGUGCACGUAGCUUACGAAUCAGCUUUAUCCAGAAGAACCACUUCUUGAAGUUUUGUCAAUUUUAACAGUCAUAGACAAAUGCCUAACAUGUGCAAGACAAAGAUAAAAAAGGCUGUGCUAAUACACCCUUAGAGUUAAACACCUUUAACUUCAAAUGAUAAUUCAUGCUCUGCUUUGCUCCUUGAUUGGAAUUGAUUCCCAGAAAAGCAAAAACAACUUCAAUUACCUCUUGUGUCAUCCACAUGUACUGCAAGACUGAGUUUUGUUCCAGCCUAUGAGUUUCAUUGUUUUCUCUUAGUUUUAGUGAGUUUGAGAAUUUAUAAUUUGGAGUAUUGUAUUUUAUUUUGCAGCAAUGGUGCAAUUCUAGUUUAUGAUAUAACCGAUGAAGAUUCAUUUUUCAAGGUAUUGUUACAUUCUGACUCUUUCAUGCAAACGGCAAUUAUACAGCAAUGGCAAAACUGAUCAAAGGAAAGUUUAGAACAAAAUUAAUUCAAAGUUAAACAUUAAACAUGUAAGUAAUGUACACUAUUCCCUUGGCCUACUCCUAACAUAUGGGUCCUCAUAGUUCAGUUGGUAGAGCACUGCAGCGCUAACACAGAGGCCAUGGGUUCAAAUCCCAUUCAAGUCCCCCCAAAAUUUUUGGGGUUAAUUUGCAAUUGCUUAAAUUGCAAUCACCACUGCGACAAUCAUUUCUCAAUCAGUUCUUUUAAAGUUGAAAGAUUGCCAUUAAAAGAACAUCCAUUGGACUGUAAGUUGUAAUUGGUUUAUUUUUUUUCUGGUGUUUAUAUUUUAUUACCAAUCACAUUGGGUGUUUCCCAUUAACUACAAACUUUUGGAAACUUACAAUGUAGAGGGAAAGGUCCAUUGGUUGUAGAACAUGUUCGAUAUUACACAUUAUUUGUCGACCUCUGGCCAAAAAUCAAGGUGACAGCACAGAUAUCUUUGUGAAUAACCUGGAACUGUUUCUGGUGAUUCAUAGUGAAAACUCAUUUAUGGAACAUGCAUUUCCUGGAAAUUGUCCAGUGGAAUACCAGAAAAAUGUAUUUCAUUUACAUUCCAACUAGAACUUCCAGAAUUUCUUGGCAAAUGGAAAGUGCCCUUUAUAACCAUGAUUGUUAACUUUUGUUAGGUGCAGAACUGGGUCAAGGAACUUAAGAAAAUGUUAGGCGAAGAUAUAGCACUUUGUAUAGCAGGUGUGGUUGAUUUGGAUUGCUUUCCUUUGGCCUCUACAUUUAAAAUUAAUGAUAAUAAUAAAUUACUAUCGUUCAAACAGGAAACAAAAUAGAUCUUGAAAGGGACAGACAUGUUGAUGCAGCAGAGGCAGAAGCGUAAGUGCUCCUUUGUAGUAGUGAUUUCCUUUCAUUGCUUGCCAUGAAUUAUUAAAGAGUUUUAACUCACAGUAGGUGUACACUAGGAGGUUUGUAGGGGUUGGAAUUCAGAGUUGCAUUGAUAGGUGGAUAAUUACUAAAGGGUUAAUUAAGUUGUUGAUAUCUGAUAAGUAAACAACUGAGUUGCCAUUGGGAUUGAAAGUAUGCGCAUGACUGGAAUGUCAAAAAUAGCCUUUGGGAUUAUGGGAUUGAGCAAAAAUUUGGGUAGGGAUGACAGGGUUAAAGAACCUUACUGGGGACCCUUUUCCGUGAAAAAGUUUCCUAGAAUGAAGUCCAACGACAUGUACAGUAAGAAAUAUGUGGACUCAGGUUUGUAGAUAAAUGCUAUAGUUCAAAGUGCAAUGAAGGUUCAAUGGUUUCAACCAAGUAACUGUUUGAUUCUCAAAUUUCCUUGACUUCUAUUUAGUUAGGGUAAGGAGAUGAAGGAAACUGAUGAUCAAACUACGUGUGAGGUCAAAACAUAAUGUGAAUUUGUUGUUCUUUUUCCAGAUAUGCCAAAACUGUGGGAGCAAAACACUUUCACACUUCAGCAAAACUUAACAAAGGCAUUGAAGAAAUGUUCUUUGAACUAACAAAAAGUAAGCUGAAAUUGAACGUGAAAAAAUGUCAAUAAUACAAGUAGCUUUCGGCUCAGUCAUUCAUUUAUUUGUUUAAGAAACAGGUUCUACCAUACACAGCUUUUCAGCAGACAUUUGGGACCUUGGUUACAUCAAGUACGUAACCCUUCCAUCUUUUUUUUAGAAAUGCUAGAAAGGCAAGAAAAAAGUGAAGCUAAAAGUCCAAGAGAUAGUACAGCCGACAGAGGAGCAGGUAGACGAAAAAACGUUGUAAUAGUUGAUGAACAACCCCAGCGACAGAGUGGAGGAGGAGGUUGCUGUGGAGGAGGAGGAGGGGGAUCAUAAAAUUUCUAGGGUACAUAUUUCAACUCUAAUGUUAUAAUCUGCAGUAGGAAUUGUGUAGUAUACAGCAAGAUUCAACUACAUUUUUCCAACAGAAAUAUAAAAUGCCCAAGAUGGAAGUACACCACUUAUAGGUUUCAAGAAAAAUGCACUGUAAUCUAAGUCUUGUAAAUGUAAAAAGAAGUGACAACUGCAUGACCCAUCACUGAUCUGCAGCUGUACAUUUAUUAUGGAAGAUUGGAGAACGUUGUAGCUUAUUACCCCUAUGCCAAACGUACAAGACAAUGUAAGGACAAAAAAUGUUGGCCUCUCUCAGCAGUUGAUGAGUGGUUAAAUUUAGCAAAGUAAUCUGUGCACAAAGGUUGAAAUGAUGUUGGAAGAUACAAAUACUUAACUAACGCAUAAAGAAAAUGUUACUAAACUUGCUUGUGCAGGUGAUAGCAAAAAUGGCUGAUUAAUGCCAAGCCAGCAAAUCGUUUAUGUGUGAAAAGGUCCAGAUCCUUCUGUGGAUGACUGAAAAACAUCAAGCAUGUUUUUCAGUGGCUUCGAUAUUUCUGAUAUUUUUGGAAAACAAUGAGGUUUUACAGUAGGCAGCAACUGUUUUAGUAGUGGAAUGCACAAAAGAAAUAUAUGAGAUGAAUGUACUGGUCUUGUUUAAAUGUCCUUAUUAUAUCUGUAAUCGUAAGUAGUUGAUAAUCACUGAUUAUGAAAUGACAGUUUUAGCUCGUCCGUAACUUCUAACUGUUUGAAAUAUGACCUUUACGGGCUAUCAUGAUCUCCGUCUUGUUCGUCAUCUUAGUUCUGACAAUUUUAUUAUAGACCGUGAAAUUUUAGAUGUGAAAUAUGAAUGAUUUAUCUCUUUACAGUUACUGUAAACUACCGCUUAUAAGCCCCCGACCCCCAGUUAUAGAUCCAUCUCUUCCCCCCACCCUACCCCGGGUAUAAGCCCUCCUCUAGCUGUUCUUGUCUUGAAUUCGACUUAUUAUGGUUUUAUGAAGCUUAAUUAAAAACCAGUAAAUACAAAACGUCUUUUGAUAAGCACUGCUGUAGCUUGUUUGGAAGCACCUUUUCUAUGCGGGUUGUAAGCCCCUUCGGAUAUUAGCCCCUCCGUUAGUGAGCACUCCUAAAACCCCUUACAAAGAUGUAUAAGUCUAGUACUUAAAAGCGGUAGUUUACGGUAUGCGCCAAAGUAGAGUUGAGUAUCUGCCUGUCUUCACCGACACUAAGGUGAAUAAUAAUUGCUAUUGUGGUUUUAAAGGGAACCUCCACUCUUACUACAGAAUAAGUUUAAAUCGAAUAAAAUUA